CUUAAAAUAUAUAUAUUUUUUAAUUAACUGCCAGCGAUUUGCCUAUAAAUUAACACUGAAAGCUUGCAUUACAUAUCAGAGGAAGUGUUCGUAAAUUUCAUUCUGCUUUCUCGUUAAUCCAUACUUCUUCUGGUUUCUCCAUAUUUAGAAAUGGAACGUCAAGAUCGUCACAGUUUACAGGCGACCAAGUCGAAUGGCCUUUCGAUAUGGAGGGACAAUGGCAGCAUGGCGGUGGCGGCUGCUUUCUCAAACUCGUUUAGAGAAAAGGAAAGUGACGAUGAAGAGGCACUUAAAUGGGCUGCACUUGAGAGGCUUCCGACUUACAGUCGUUUAAAGAAAGGUUUAUUGAUGGGCACGGCGGACGGCGGCAGUUUAGAGGUUGAUGUGAGUAAACUUGAAGCUCGAGAGAGGAAGAAUCUGGUUGACAGAUUGGUGAGACACACUGAAGAAGACAACGAGAAGUUCUUAUUGAAGCUCAGGAACCGCUUGGAUAGGGUUGGAAUCGAAAUUCCCACGCUUGAAGUCAGGUUUGAAAAUCUAAAUGUUGAUGCAGAAGCUCAUGUAGGAAGAAGAGCUUUGCCAACUUACUUCAACUUCUUCAUUAACAAUGCAGAGGGUUUCUUGAACUAUCUCCAUUUACUUCCCAGUAGAAAAAAGCACCUGCGCAUUCUUCAGGAUGUCACUGGAAUCAUCAAGCCUUGCAGAAUGACACUGCUUUUAGGUCCUCCAACUUCUGGAAAAACCACUCUCCUGUUGGCAUUGGCUGGAAAACUGGACCCAGAUUUGAAGCUCUCAGGGAAUAUCACUUACAAUGGCCAUGAAAUGAAUGAGUUUGUGCCUCAAAGAAGUGCAGCAUAUAUUAGUCAACAUGAUCUUCAUAUCCCAGAAAUGACAGUGAGAGAAACCUUGUCCUUCUCUGCAAGAUGCCAAGGGGUUGGCUCUCGCUACGAUAUGUUAGCGGAGUUAGCUAGAAGGGAAAAAGCAGCAAACAUAAAGCCAGAUCCUGAUCUUGAUGUCUUCAUGAAGGCGGCAUCAACAGAGGGAAUGAAGACAAAUGUGGUCACAGAUUACAUUAUAAAGGUUUUAGGACUGGAAAUUUGUGCAGAUACAAUGGUUGGGGAUGACAUGCUAAGAGGGAUUUCUGGUGGACAAAGGAAGCGACUUACCACUGGUGAGAUGCUUGUUGGACCAGCAAAGGUAUUGCUCAUGGACGAGAUAUCUACUGGUUUAGAUAGCUCAACAACUUUCCAAAUUGUGAAUUCACUCAAGCAGUAUGUUCACAUUCUCAAAGGAACUGCUCUCAUUUCUCUCCUGCAACCAGCACCAGAGACAUAUGAUCUUUUCGAUGACAUUAUUCUACUUUCGGAUGGCCAGAUUGUUUACCAGGGUCCCCGUGAACAAGUGCUAGCAUUUUUUGAAUCCAUGGGUUUCAAGUGCCCCGAGAGAAAGGGUGUGGCUGACUUCUUGCAAGAAGUAACAUCAAGAAAAGAUCAGCAACAGUAUUGGGCAUGUAAUGAUGAACCUUAUAGUUUUGUCACAGUCAAGGAGUUUUCUGAGGCAUUUCAAUCAUUCCACUUAGGGAAGAAACUAAAAACUGAGCUUGAAACUCCACUUGACAAGAGCAAAAGCCACCCAUCAGUUUUACCAACUAAGAAAUAUGGUGUUAAAAGGAGAGAGCUACUGAAAGCUUGCUUCGCAAGAGAAAUAUUGUUGAUGAAAAGGAAUGCAUUUGUCCACAUCCUCAACCUCAUUCAGCUUAUAGUGACAGCGCUGAUUGGCUCAACAAUCUUCCUACGGACAGAGAUGAUGCGUAGCAAUUUAAUUGAUGGAGGAAUUUAUAUGGGGGCUUUAUUCUUCGAUGUAGUUGCGGUUACUUUUAACGGAUUGGCAGAACUUGCCAUGACAAUUUUUAAGCUUCCUGUCUUCUACAAACAAAAGAACCUACUAUUUUUUCCAGCAUGGGCAUAUGCUCUUCCAUUAUGGAUUCUCAAGAUACCAGUCACAACCAUAGAAGUUGGAGUUUGGGUAUUUAUCACUUAUUAUGUCAUGGGAUUGGAUCCUCAAAUUCAUAGGUUUUUCAAGCAGUACCUUGUGCUCUUUUUCACUAACCAAAUGGCCUCUGCAUUAUUUCGACUGGCUGCAGCAUUGGCUAGAGACUUGAUUGCUGCUACUACAUUUGGAUCAUUUAUACUGCUAAUACUUUUUGCAAAUUCUGGCUUUGUUCUAUCAAGAGAUGCCAUAAAGAAAUGGUGGAUUUGGGGUUACUGGAUAUCGCCUAUGAUGUAUGGACAGAAUGCAGUUGCUGUGAAUGAAUUUCUUGGGGAGAGCUGGAGUCAUAAGCAAUUUCCAAAUUCCACGGAAACACUUGGGGUUGCAGUAUUAAAAUCCAAGGGCUUCUUCUCAGAUGCCUACUGGUACUGGAUAGGAGUAGGUGCAUUAAUUGGCUUCACAUUACUAUUCAAUUUGGGAAAUAUAGUGGCUCUCACUUAUCUGAACGCACUUCAUAAACCUCAGGCUGUUAAAUCAGUUAACCAAAGCACUGAAGAUGAUGACAGAAACAAAGAAACAAUUCAAACCAAUGCAGAUAGAGGAAAUGAUAUUGGUAGAAGAAUAACCUUAGUGGAGUCAUUAUUCAUGAGGCCAGAAACUGCUGUUAUGAUCACUCAUGAAAGGAGAAGAGGGAUGAUCCUUCCAUUUGAACAACAAUGCAUUACCUUUGAAGAUAUUACAUACUCAAUAGGCGUGCCAAAGGAAAUGAAAGACCAAGGUCUCGCCGAUGAAAAAUUGGUGCUACUGAAAAGUGUGAGUGGUGCUUUCAGACCUGGUGUUCUUACAGCUUUAAUGGGGGUAAGUGGUGCUGGUAAAACCACUCUGAUGGAUGUGCUGGCUGGAAGGAAGACUGGUGGAUAUAUAGAAGGAAAAAUCACAAUUUCAGGGUAUCCAAAGAAGCAGGAAACAUUUGCUCGAAUCUCAGGAUAUUGUGAGCAAAAUGACAUUCAUUCUCCUCAUGUUACUGUCUAUGAAUCCUUGCUCUACUCUGCAUGGCUACGAUUACCCCCAGAAGUGAACUCUGAAGCUAGGAAGAUGUUCAUUGAUGAAAUCAUGGAACUUAUUGAACUAACCCCAUUGAAAGGAGCUCUAGUUGGGUUGCCAGGUGUGAAUGGUCUAUCAACCGAGCAGCGUAAGAGAUUAACUAUAGCAGUUGAGUUGGUUGCAAACCCCUCCAUUAUAUUCAUGGAUGAACCAACUUCGGGGCUAGAUGCAAGAGCUGCUGCAAUUGUCAUGAGAACUGUUAGGAAAACAGUUGACACAGGAAGAACAGUUGUAUGCACCAUACAUCAGCCUAGCAUCGAUAUAUUUGAAGGUUUUGAUGAGUUGUUCCUAUUAAAGCCAGGAGGGCAAGAGAUUUACGUGGGGCCACUGGGUCACCAUUCAUGCCAUCUGAUCAAGUAUUUUCAGGGAAUCAAUGGAGUCAGUAAAAUUAAACCUGGUUACAAUCCAGCUGCCUGGAUGUUAGAUAUUACCUCUCCAGGACAUGAAGUGGCUUUGGGGAUUGAUUUUGCUGAUCUAUACAAGAAAUCAGACUUAUACAAGAGAAAUAAAGAGCUUAUAAAAAAACUGAGCACACCUGCUCCGGGUUCAAAGGAUCUCAGCUUUCGUACUCGCUAUUCAAAGUCAUUUUUCUCUCAGUUGAAGGUUUGCUUGUGGAAACAACAUUUCUCAUAUUGGCGUAACCCACAGUACACUGCUGUAAGAUUUUUUGUGACAAUAAUCAUUUCCUUGAUGUUUGGGACAAUGUAUUGGGAUCUUGGCGCUAAGAGGGCAAAGCAGCAAGAUUUGCUUAAUUCAAUGGGAUCUAUGUAUUCUGCUGUUCUCUUCCUCGGUAUUCUAAAUUCUAAUUCUGUGCAGCCAGUAGUGACCAUUGAGCGAACAGUGUUUUACAGGGAAAGAGCUGCUGGCAUGUAUUCGGCCAUGCCCUAUGCAUUAGCACAGGUCCUAAUUGAGCUCCCAUAUGCUUUUCAACAAGCACUAACCUAUGGUGUUAUCGUUUACACAAUGAUGGGAUUUGAACUCACUCUCAUCAAAUUCUUCUGGUAUUUGUUCUACAUGUACUUCACCUUAUUGUACUUCACCUUCUAUGGCAUGAUGGCAGUGGCUAUGACACCAAACUACCACAUUGCCGGUAUCAGUUCAUCAGCAUUCUAUGGAGUGUGGAACCUCUUCGCAGGAUUUGUUAUCCCUUUAAAGAAAAUUCCUUCUUGGUGGAGCUGGUAUUAUUGGGCAUGUCCAGUUUCCUGGACUCUGUAUGGAAUGCUUACAUCACAAUAUGGAGAUGUAAAGGACAGACUUGACAUAGGUAUAACAGUAGAAGAAUUUUUGAGUGACUAUUUUGGAUUCAGGCAUGAUUUUCUGGGCGUCGUCGCAUGUGCAGUUAUUGGUUUUACCUUGCUUUUUGCAUCAGUCUUUGCCAUUUCCAUUAAGCUGCUUAACUUCCAAAGAAGAUAGAAGAUUGUUUCAAUUGUUUUUGAAGGCUUUGAAGCCAAUUGAAUUGUAGUUUUACCUUCAGAUGUUAGACAUAAUUGGCAUUAAUUCAAUAUAUUAUAAUUUUUUAUUCAA